UUCAAACAGAGCAAAGACGUCCAGUUGUGUUAUUAUUUUGCUAUGUAAUGUUUGUCUAAAGAUUUCUCUAUAAAAACAGCAUCCAAGAUGCCCAGGGAACGGUCCGAAGUUAGCCUAUGUGUUAAGUACUUAUUAUUCUUCUUCAACGUCUUCUUUUGGCUCAUUGGAGGGCUUAUGAUAUCCAUUGGCCUAUAUGCCAGAUUUGAGAAGACAGCCUACCAAGAGUUCUUUAGCGAUGUACUAACAGAUCCUGCCUUUGCCCUGAUUAUUGUUGGGGCCAUAAUGUUCAUAUUGGGCUUCAGUGGAUGCAUUGGUGCUUUGAGAGAAAAUAUUUGUCUACUGAAGUUUUUUUCAAUAUUCCUUGCCAUCAUUUUCUUCCUUCAAUUGAGCCUUGGAGUAGCAGCUUUCGUCUUCCAAGAUAAGGUUGAAGAAGUUAUUGUAGAUAAGCUGCAAGUAGCCAUAAAAAAGUACAGAGACAAUUAUGAUCUACAAAAUCUAAUUGAUGGAGUACAACAAGAAUUCAAAUGCUGUGGAGGAAAAGAUGUGGAUGACUGGGAUCAGAAUAUCUACUUUAAUUGUUCAUCACCAGGGUCUGAGAGCUGUGGAGUUCCUUUCUCUUGUUGUAAAGAGGAUAUAAUCAACAGGCAGUGUGGAUAUAAAAUCAGAUUAGAAAAAAGUACUUCUAAAAGAGGCCAAGUCAUCUAUACCACAGUAUGUGUGGAGGCCGUCAAGACUUGGUUCAAGGAGAACAUGAUUAUAAUUGGGGGUGCGGCUGUUGGGGUAGCUCUUUUACAGAUAAUGGGCAUUUGUUUUGCUAACAGCCUGAUGUCAGACAUAAAGAUGCAGAAGGCAAAAUGGAACAGGGAUUAUCCACACUAAUAAUAAUCUUUUUGUAAAUACAUAACAUUAUAUCAUACAUAUAUAUCAGGGCCUGGUUGUAUGAAGGGUGGAUAUCACUAUCCGACAAAUAAAUCUUAACCACUGAAUGAAUUUAUUGGAUAACAGCAUCACUUUAUUCACUAGAUAAGGAUCUAUUCAUUGGAUAGCAAUAUAUACCCUUCAUACAAUCAGGCCCAGAAAGUGUUUCACAUGAUUCAUAGAACUUACUGUGUGGACACACUAACCAGGAACACUUGAAUAAAAACUGACCAAUCAGAUAACCGUAAACCAGACAGAGAUUGAACUGAUAACAGUGUAAGCCAAUCAGAUUAUAAUAUUCUCACUCUUAUAAUAUCGAUGCACUAUCUGAUUGGCUGGUAAAAAAUAUUGAACUAAAUGUCGCAAUAUGAUUGGUUUAUGAUACUAGUUUAUCAAAGUGGUCCUGGUUGGAGUAUGCACACAAUAACUAAGCAGUACUAUCCAGGAGGCACUCUCGUAAAUCCACUUAAUAACAUUAAUAGGGGGCUUCACAGCAGCAGUACUGUAGGGAAAAUUAAUUCACUUGUUAUUCAAUUUAUUCCCCUACAACUCAGCUGCUUGGUAUUAGCCAUUUCAAGGUUGAGGGAAUAACUGGGACGAACUGGCAUUGUAGUGCACUGUGGGACUGUUUUAGGGAACAAAAUAUAUCCUCUAAAACAGUCCCACAAUGCAAUGCCAACAACCCAGUUUUUUUCCUCACCUUGGAAUGACUAAUUGUCCUUCUAUGCUAUAUAUCAAAUGAAUAUUUUUGAUUAGUUUCUUGCAUUGCACAGCAAAAUAAGAUACUAAGGUUCCUCCACAUAUCAUGUCUACAACAUACAUUUGUUCUUACAAAUUUGAGAACAUUUCAGAUCAUAGGCAUUACAUAAUCCUGACGCAAACCAUAAUCAAACAUGAAUGCCAUAUAGUAUUUUUGAUUGUCAUGAUUUAAGGGUUUGUCAUUUCAACUUCAAUUAUAUCAGAGCUGGGAUUACCACUUUGAUUCCCUAUUCAUUAUUAUUGGGAUUUAUUUAGCUGUGUUGAACUUAAAAGCGUUACCAGAUUUUUACUGGUUUGCUGCACUUUAUCAUAGACUCAGAUUUCCAGUUUCCUGGGUUUUGUGCCAUUGCGAUACUCUAAGAGGGAGUAUCGUGGCUGCAAGAACCCCAUCUACUAGAUAUCUGAGCCUAACUUUAUCAUGGACCCAUGAAAUUUGCAUCGCAACUUGAAAGCUCUUUUGCUUCUAGACUAAAUUUUUCUCUUGGUCAUAAAUUUAGUGGAAAGCGUACAGAGAGGGGGGGGGGGGAAGGAGUAAGGGAGUAUGGUGGAUCAUUAAGAAAUAGAUAUAUUGGCCAAAAAUACCUGUUAGUUUGAGUAGUAUGAUAACUAGGAGAAAGGAUGGAAUAUUUUAUUCUUACACUAUGGAGAGGGCUGACCUGGUUUUCACCCUCUCCUCCUCUCCUCCUCUCCCAGUGCCAUUUUUUGACGGCAGCUACUAACCAGUUACAGUAUUGUAGAGUGCAAACAAUAUAACCGUGAAACUUUAGUAAUACUGAAUAGCACAAUUUCAUGCUAAUUCCAUUGUUUUCUAUUAUUUUUAAAUAAUAGAAAACUUAAAAUUAACACUAUUUUGUACUAUUUAGUAAUUAGUGUUUCACAUCAUGUACGCAACUUGAUUUAUGGUAUGUCAACCUUUAAACUAGUUUCUGUACUGUUUAUACCAGUGUAAGAUGUUAUAUGUGUAAGAUUCUUGAAAUCCAAUUUAUCUAUUAUAAAUAAGACAGCAGAGAUCACUUGUACUUACAGUAGGAUAAUCAUGUUCCACUGUAGUUCUUAAACCCUAUAGUGUUCGUACUAUUUCAUGCCAAUCACAUUGUAUGUAUAACUAUAUACAAAUAUAAUGCAACAUGCAACAACAAUAGCUGUAUACUCACCCAACCCCAAGAUAUCCUUCACUUGUCACAUGUGAGGCUUCGUGCAUAAUGCUCAGUGAUUUGUUUAGCACGUAUCCUCGUAAUGAAACCGUUGAGCGUCAUAAGUGAAGCAUAUCUUGGAAGUGGCUUAUUAUGAUGAAUAUGUUUGAUGCCAUCAUCAGAACUAUGGCGCAAGGGCGGAUCCAGGGGGAGGGUCGGGGGGGUCGCAACCCCCCUGUCAUUCCUGAGGUCAAAUGGGCUUCCUGUGGUAAAAAUGCGACUGGGAUUCCUUUGCCCACAAAAUUUACCCCUGAGACCCCCCCUUCAAAAAACCCUGGAUCCGCCCUUGUGGCGUACCCCAAGACUUGGUAUAGUACCCAAGCUAGCGACAUAAUGAUCAUGAUCAUAAUCAUAAAACAUAAUGUUAAAAGUGUUAUGCUGCUUAAUAUUUCGUAGUGGGAAUGCAUUGUAACAAACACAGCCUUUCCAGACGAACAUAAUCAUAAUCAUAAAACAAUGUUAAAACUGUUAUGCUGCUUAAUAUUUCCUAGUGGGAAUGCAUUGUAUCAAAUAUAGCCUUGCCAGACGAACAUAAUCAUAAUCAAUGAAAAAUUCUCAUCCACUUUUACGAUUAUGUUUAUGAUAAUUUAUGAUCCUUAUGUGGCUAGUGGCCAAGCUUAUCAAGCAGUAGGGUUUGGAGCCCCACACAACCCUAAAACAAGUAUUAUAGGAUUGUACUCCCACAGCCUUAGAGCUUCUUGAAAAUUGUUGAUUGACAUUUCGUAUGGGUUAUUAAUUACACCACAAAAUUGUCUUGUAUAUAUUAUCUAUGUAGAACGAUAAACACCGCUGUGUUCACUGAUCACAAACUCAUUUAUACAGGGUUAGUCGAGUGUCCAAAUAUUCACAAAUACCAACAGUAAAGUAAAGAAUGCACAAGUUCAGCCAUGCAAACUCGAGAUUCCACAGACCUUCACUGGAACACAUGAAUAUUCAAAGUCAUUCCAUAGGAAAUCGAGGCUAACCCUGUAGGCGAACAGGCGAUUCGAGACUGAAGAAUAAGAAAUCUAGUUUAACUAUUUGACAAAAAUCAUGUUGCGUUUCUUUGAUAUUCAACAGAUAAUCUCUAGAUCAAAAUGUAUAUGUAUUUAAGAAUAUUGUGCACUUAAUAAUUUCUAUAAAAUGA